GAGGAGGAGGGCGGCGGCGGGCAGCGGCAGCUGCGGGCGCUGCUGGAGGCGGCCUGGGCUUUGGGCGGCGGGGAGCGGGUGUUGCUGGUGGGCGAGCUGUGGGAGCGGGAGCCCAGCCGGGAGCUGCUCCGGGCCUUCGGCCGGGCCCUGUUCCCGGAGGGCCUCCCGGGGGCGGAGGCGGGGGCGGAGGCGGAGGGGGCCCCGGGGAGCCGUGUCCUGCGCUGCGGGCUGCUGCUGCUGCUGGUGCGGGCCUGGCGGCUGCGGAGGGCCGGGGCCCGCAGGGCGCUGAGACACCUGCUGCGGGACCUCCGAGCCCGCAGGCAAGGCGGCCCGGCCCUGGUCGGCGUGGCCCUGCUCCGCCCGGAGGCCCGCCCGGACGAGGAGGACGAGCAGGUGCGGCGGCUGGAGGCCGGGCUGCGCUCCGUCUUCGGCCGGAUGACCGGAGGCCCCGUGCGGGUCGUCGCCUACUGCCCCGCCCGGCCCGCCUCCCUCCAGGACGUCCGUCGGGCCGCCUGCCUCGCCCUCACCUCCGCCCUGGGCCCCCGUCCGCCCGCAGAUGAGCGGAUGCGGGAGAGGCCGGGACUCUCCGACCUCUUUAGCUGCCUUCCUUGGGGCCCCCGGACCAGGAGGAAGGGCCGGGUCACGACCACCAGCAACCGGCAGACCGAAGACGGCCUUCCCGACCCCGAGGAGGAGCUGGCGCUGACCGCUGUGUCUCCCAACGGAGACUGCCAAGAUGGCAGCAGAGGGAGCAGAGCAUAGGAGCCGUACAGGGACGCGGCGGCCCAAACCCGGCCCGCCUUCCGACGGCUGGGGGCUCCGCGACGGGAGCGGGACAGCGGGCGUCGUCCGAGCCCGGCCCGGGCUCCCUGAUUGGCCAAACCUUUUCCCUUCGCCGUGCCUCGGUUUCCCCAUCUGUAAAACGGAGCCUCGCGGGGCUGUCGUGAGGAUGACCGCAACCUUGUUGGACAGGACAAACAGUUGGGUUGGGAAAUCGGGGUUCUCCUUCCAGCCCCGACUCGCUGUGGGAUCCUUGCUAGACGUUUUAACCCGCUGUGCCUCAGCUUUCCCAUUUGUAAAAUGGGGAGAAGAUUAACCUACCUCCCAAGGUCAUUAUCGUCAUUAUCAGUAAGAAUAAUAGGGUAGCUGACCUGAGGGGCUGUAGAGCUACCCAAUUACUAAUAAAGCCUAGGAGCUUAUUUAGGCACCUA